AAAUCCAUUUAAGUUCUAACUCCAUUUAUCCUAUGUGCUUAUCUUGGUUUUUGUUCUGUUUCAGCUAAAGCAUUUCAGAAAGUUAUAUGAAAGUUAUGUUCCCAUGAAAUACAGAAGCUACCGGAAGAAGAUGAAGAGGUUGGGGGAAUGGGGAGAUCAUAUCACUCUCCAGGCAGCUGCAGAUAGAUAUGGAGUAAAAAUAUGUUUGGUCACUUCUUUUCGCGAAAAUGGCUACAUUGAGAUCCUUCCUAAGGGCAUACAGCCUUCUAGAGAAUUGUGGCUGAGUUUCUGGAGUGAAGUGCACUACAAUUCUCUGUACGAGAUUGGAGAGGUGCCUGCUAGAGUGCGCAGAAAGAAGCAUUGGCUUUUCUAAGGCUUUCAUCAGCAAAAGUAUUCAGAGCUGCAAUUUAGUAUAAUGCCUCGAGGAAACGCAUUUUGCAUAGAGAAGAUCCAAAAUUUCAAGUCGCCGUGUGGAGUACUACUGCAGUCACUACUCUUUAGUGACAAUGAGUGAGAACUUAAUAUGAGUAUAUGUUCUACAAUAUUUUCACUGCCUAUGUGAAAGUGUAACUGGUCCAUGUCUGGAUAUAUGAAAAGGGUUACAAACCAGCAUAAAGAAUAGUCAAAUUAUAGGGAAACCUUGUUACAUUGGAUGAGGAAAAUAGUUACUGAUAAUUCAUAUGGUCGACUUUAUCUACUUUGAGAUCGAGGUGUAAUGAUAUACAUAUAUAGCUUGACUGAAAUGUAAUAGGUACAUUCCUACACUGACUACUUGUGUUUGCAAGAUGCUACAGGAUAAUGCAUAUGGCAAAAUUUCAUCCUC